AAGGACGGAACAGACUGUUGUUCGAGCCAAUCUGGUGUUAUCAAGGACGCUCUUUUAUAUGACCCGAAUAAAAAUUUGUUCCGUCCUUAUAAUAGUAGAGUUAAUUUUUCUAUAGAUCACAGAAAACAAUGUUUUCUACCAAACACCAAAAAAAUUCACUUUACUAUUAUAAGAACAAAACAUGGUGUUAUUCAGGCCAUAUGAAAGAGCAUCAUUGAUAACCACCGAUUGGCCUGAACAACACUAUGUUUUGUCCUUACAAUAUUAAAAUUCAAGCCUUCAGUUAAGAGUCUUAUGCUGAUUUUUCAGAAGGUAUGGAACCUCGUUGUUCCUGAAAAGUUCAUCAUGGGCAGAAAUCCUUUAUACGCGGGUACUGUACUCAUUGAGCUCUACAAAAUAACAAAUACCCGAUUCGAAACGGAGACUCACAUUUGGGGACCUUCCCUCGUGAGUAACAAGAAUGUAUGUAUGAUAUAAAUUUGAGACGUAACAACAAUAGUUUGACGAGUCAAUCAAAAAAUGAUACAAAUCAUGUAUUUUUUUUAUUAGAGAAAUAAUGUUUUCUCCAUAUCCAGGAUAGAUUAGUUUUUUUCUUGUUAAGACCAAUGGUAGUCUUUUAAAAGCAGUUUUUUAAAAUGUUCCUCUUAUGGAUAUGAUUCGUGAACAGUAUUCUAUUCGUGCUAAAAGAAUCACCCAGGACGAGCGUUACGACAGUCAUAAACGAUCGUACACGACGUUGUAUGCGACCGUGCACGGUCGUGUACAGUAGCAAUUACGACCGUAUUUCACCGUAUUACUUGACGCCAGAGUUACGACCGUAUGUCGUCGGUCGCAUACAGUGUCGCUUGCCAUCAUAUUUCGCAUAAGUUUUCCGUACCUUCCCCACCCCUCUCUCUCACCCCCCAAGUACAAUGCGUACAUGGUAUCUCUAUAAAAAAAUAUAUAUAUUUUUAUUUUUAUUCCAUUGAUAUACACAUUUUGACAAGCUGUUGAGUCGAACCUAAUUUUAAAAAAAUAAUUCAUAUUUGAAAUUCAUACUUACAUUCCUAUAAGCUGUUGGAUAAAGCAUAAAUAAAAAAUAAUAAUAUUUUGUAUUUGAAAUUUAUACUUGCAUUUCUAUAAUCAGUUUGAUCAAAUCUAAAUAAAAACAAAAAAAAAUAAUUCCAUUUCAAAUUUGUACUUACAUUUUUAUAAGCUGUUGAAUCAUAUAUCUAAAUAAAAAAUAAUAAUAUUAUACAUUGCUAAUUUAUACUUACAUUCCUAUCAGUUGUUGGAUUAAGCCUAAAUAAAAAUAAAAAUAAUAAUUUCGUUAUAAAGUGAUGCUUACAUUUCUAUAAGCCGUUGAAUCAAAUCUAAAUAAAAAAACUAAUUAAAUUUAACCCCUUGAGUUUCAGUUAUGACGGCCAUUCACAGGAUUGGAAUUAUUAUCUUUUGGUGCAUAUCUGAAGGAGACGUAUCGAAAAGUAGAGUUUCUGCUGAGCAUGAAUAACUUAUACCUAGUUGAAAAAAACGAAAUCGAGGUACAAUUAUCGCAAAAGUUCGAAGACUACUUCUAACACCUUGGCUGGGCGGAAUUUAAGUGUAAUAAACAGACUCAAUGAAACGUAGACUAGUUGAUGCGUGUGCUGGGUGCAUCUUAUGACAUAUAUCUGUAGGCGAAAAUAGGACAUGGGAUGAAUAGGCACAUCAAUAACCUAUUCAAAUAAUGAUUGAAGAGUAUGGACGUCUAUUUUACGGCUCAACUAAAUAUCUGUCCACUAUAAAAGCGGUGCGUAUAUCGAAAGAAAAUAUGGAAUAACUCUUUUUAGGGUAACUGAUGCACUUUCGAUAUUAUGAAUACGUUUGUGGUUAAUUGCUUUUAUAAAUUGUAAUUACUAAAACUAACUAACUGAGCAAAACCUUGGAUUCACCGCGAUUGACCGUCGGUUUGAGUUUGAACCAUCGGUCAACCCCGGUUAACUGGCGGUUUUUAUUUGAACCACCGGUUACCGACGUUUUUCAUAAAAAAAGACGAUAUGGGAAGAAUCUAGCUAGCUCAUUGUUAAUAAUUAGAAACCGUAUUUCAUGUAGAUCAUGCAAAGUGGAAAAGAGAAAAGAAAGAAAUAAUUUGUAACUAGAAGUGACACAUAAAGGGUGUUCACUAAGUUUUGACUCAUUUAAUCAAUAGAUUUAUUGAUUAAAUGGGUCAAAACUUAGUGAACACCCUUUAUAUAUCACUAUCAAGCUAUCUUGCUAUAUACGAGAAAAAUACACGACCAAAAUACGAUCGUAUACGAGCGGCGUUUACGAUGGUCAUAUGCAGUGGUCGUUUACGGCAAUCGUAUAUAGUCGUAAUGCAUCGUAUACAAUCGUCGUAUACAAUCAUCGUUAUUCGUCGUGUUUUUUUGAAUACGGCCGUAUACGAUCGUAGAUUUUAAACCUGGGUAGUUUGUUUGGUUCAAAGAGAUGGUAGAAAUAUUUGAACUUUUGUUCGUUGAAACCACUUUUGUCUACUCUGUAAGAGUCGAAAAGAAAUCAUCUCUUUUAAAUUUGUUAAGUUUCUGCUUAUUUAAUGCAUAAUUGGUGCCCACAUAGAAUAGCUCUAAUAAAAUUAAAUGCCUUACAAUGAUUAGCUCUAAAUUAGCUGUGCGGCUCGAGUAUCUGGAAUAAUAUUCUUCACUAGAAAUCCACUGUAGGAAUAGAACAGAAUUUCUUUAUGCGACAAUUCUAAAUAGCUAAAGAUGUUGGUGUGGGUGGGGAUGGAUUAAGAUAUGAGAGUGAUGUCGUUGGCCGUCCCUUCAACCAUCUACACUCUCAUUUCGAUUUGUAUCAGAUCAAUCAGAUUACUUUGAUUACUAUUUUAGUGAAUAAGAUUUCACUUUUUUAAUUAAAACACUGUUAGGCUAGGAAGCAGUAGUCUUUUCUGAAAAAAGAAGAUGAAAGAAAUCUAAUGUGCUGAUUGAACCACUAAAUAUGUUAGAAGCAUUAACAAUAAUAUAGGAUACUAUCAUAGUUAAUUGAUGUGGGGGUUCAUCAAAAGCUAAAUGCUAUAUUAUUGAAAAACGUGAAGUAUCAAAUGAAAAAGAUUUAAAUACCAGUUAGUGAAACAAAAAAGAAAUAAUACGAUGUUUAUGUUGAACAUCUUAUACGUCAUAUUCAAUAUAAGUUAUAUGUUUUUAUUGAAAAUUAUUCAAAUGAUCGUUCAAUUAAACUUGUAUGAUGAUGCCAACUAUUGAUGCAGAUAAUGGUGCAACUAUUCGAAAUUAUGUUGUGAUACAACAACAAAUUGGAUUUUUUUAAGAUGACAAUAUGUUAAAAGUUCAUUACAAACAUGUACAUAUCUUGUGAGAGAUUUAUAACAUCAGAUCUACAAUACAUAGACUGUUGAAGCAAUACCUAUGGUAUGAAAAUGUAAAAUACAAUGUAGUCGCUAUUGAUAAUCACAGAUAUAUUGUUUUAUUCAAUUUUUUUAGAAACACAUUUCUUCGUCAUUCAUUAUUACAUGUUUUGAUAAAUAUGACAAUGACUAUUAUCUUCGGAUAGUAUGUAGCAUACAUGUCGACACAUAUCUUAAUAAUCUGAAGUAGCUAUAACUUGAAUACUCUAUUCUUUUUUUUUAAUAAUCUGUGUUCAUUUUUAAAAGAACGAUUAUCUAAAAGUCAUAAUCAAUUUUUCAUGUUUUUUUUUACUAGCUUGCAUCUUUUUUAAAAUAUCCAAGAUCAAAUAGAACGCAGAAAAUGAUAAAUAGUUAAAAGAAUUUCAGGUGAUACUCAUUCUAUGGUAGAAGAUAAAUGUGUUCAUGAUGUGUCGCUAUAUAUUAGUAAAUACAUCAUAGGCGGCGGAACGUAUAGGCUUGAAAAGCUUGAGCCUCACCUAAAUUGGGUUCCUGUAAGCUCAGCCUCACCUGAAUUAAGGCUCUAUGGUUUGAUCACACUGCUGGUUGUUUAACUAGGCAGAACCAUUUUAGUGCAGAAAUUGAAACUUUCUGCAGGUUUAUUUAUCUAUUGAGAUGAAAAACUGAAAAAUUGAGAUGGUAAUGAAUUCUACCAUCUAUGUUCUUAUGAUUCUUAGUGGCGUCUUUUAUUUUAUACACUCAAAGUACUAUAUAAAAUAGACCAAUCAUCAAGUCGUACGCACAAAUGAAAUGUAGCUGUAUUCUGACCAUUUAUCUUCCCUUUCAUGAUAUUAUCAUUCAAUCCAUUUGAAGGAGUGAAAAUACGGCUCUGAUAGUUAAGACUCCCGCAAAAAUAUUAACUAAAUAUAAUCUUAAAAGAAUUGAUUUUCAUACUUAUCUAAAUUUCUGACUGAUAUUUUCAGAAUGUAUUCGACAUCAUCAUGAGUUUAUUGUGAUUGUAUAAGAUUAAGGACAACAUUCUCGAUCAAAAUAGAAUUUCAUAUUUACAUAACUGCUGAUCAUACAAAAAUACUUUCUUUCAAACACAGUAUUAGUGUGAAUAUUUUAGAUUAUAAAUAACAAAUAUCAUCGAAACGAUCUGGUGAAUCAAUUCUUUCGUAUUUUAAAAAAGUCAAAAGGUCAGACGCAAUUUCCUUAAACUGAAGAAAUUGCUUUGGUAGAUUUGAAUGAUCUUUCAACGAGUUUUCAACAUGAAAACAUGCAAAAAUUUCCCCCAAGGCAAGCUUCUCUGUGUGCUAAUACAUCAAGUUCAUCGAAUCUUGAAAAUUUUUCUGAACUCGAAAAGGAGUCAAGAUCUCUUGAUUGUUCUGAUAAAGCAUCAGAUACUGAUAUUCAAAUCUUGCAGUCUCAAUCAACAAAUUCAUUUAGUCAAAUAUCAUCGUUUGUUACAAAAUGUAAUUCGUAUUGUUGCAAUUCUUCUACAGCAUAUCAUCCUAUUAGAGAGAAUGAAUUGGUUUUGACGACAAUCGAUAAACGAUCUUGUCAAAAAUGAUGGUUUAUUGAUUAUCCUUGGUUAACCUUUUGUAAGGUGAAUUCUGUAUAAAAUAAAUAUGGAUCUGUGUUCAAAAUUUAGUCAAAAAUUCUCUUGUUAUUUCAGGUCCUGCCACGAGUUUUUUAUUAUUCAUGUCGAACAGCAUUUGAGCAUGAAUUACAUCCAAACGAAAUGAAGUUAAAUCCUACUUAUAAAAUUUUUAUAUCCGAAGGUUAUUGUGAUUGGAAGAAUGCCCUUCCAAGAUUUAAAUUACACGAAACAAGUAAACUUCAUCUUGAUUCAACUUAUGUUAUUAAUCAACAAUCAAGGCCAACUAUAGCAGCACAAUUAAUAUCAUCAACCAAAAGACAACAAGAAUAA